AUGAAUGCGAUGGAAAACAAAGCAUAGAGAAAAUGAAAAAUGAACAAUUACUGAAAAUUAGGAAUGAGUCGUUUUUGUAACUCGUUAAUUAAAUAUAGUGCGAUUUAUUUAAAAUUUGUAUUUAAUUCUUGAGUGUCAAUGACCGUGCCUCCAUUCUGUAUGAAUUCACAGUACGCAAAAGUAAAGGCGACGCCUGGGCUCGCGUCUCUGGCAGUGAGCAGUGGACAUUGGUUACAACAGUCGCGGCAGCAGCAGCAGCAGCAGGUUCAGCAGCAGAAGCAGUUGACAAAUAGUAUUCUCGUACAGCCUGUAACGGUGAGAGCAGCAACCGUGGUUCAACCGCAAAAGGUAAGGGCGCAGGAAGCCAGUACUAGUGGCUUCGUUGGCCCUGACAAACUCAUCUCGUCCAAUAUUACAACGGCACAUAUGACGCCCACCAACACAGAUACGCCGUUACGACGCUCCGAAGUAGGGGUAUUUCGUGAUGGCGCACGCAAUGCCAACGUUAAUCUGGGCACACCAUUCAAUGAUGAUGAAGAAGAACGACGACAAGCACGUCGACGCACAAUGUUGCAGAGCAGUAAUGGUAGGGAAUCUAUGUUUGAAGAGAAUGAAACGAUGAAAAAAUGUUUGGAAAUUUAUUAUGGAAAUAAACUGAGUAAAGAGAAUGCCUGGUCGUUAUCGUUAAUAGACACGUUAUCAACUUUGCUUGACCGCCAUCACAAAUCUAUGAAUAACUUUAAGGUCGCUGGUUCUUCAUUAGAGGCUUCAUCUAAAGUUUAUGGCCUGCGCGUUGAUUCAGUGCACACAGAUGUGUUACGAAUGUCAGCUGGUUUAAAUGCUCAAAAGUUCAAUGAGCGUCAAGCGCAGAAUGAUGACGAUGACGAUGUGGCAACUGGCGGUGAAGGUAACGCAGACCCAAAUGCCUCGGCUGCAGGAUUAAAUGAAAAUGGCGAAAAGAUUGCUGAGAAGCCCAAAUCUAAACCAAAACGUACACGUCGUAUUGUAUCAACAAUCACUAAAAAUAAGGAUACACUAAAUAGCCGCUUAGAUACGGUGCCGUUGCAAGAUCCAGUGUUCGGCAAAUUAAAUACCAUUGUUGGUUCAAUAAAUUCUUCAAAUCGUUUGAUGAACAAUAUACUUUUAACCACCGAAUCUGAGUUGCGUUUACGUACGACCUUUCGUUUCUGGGAUGUGCAAACGAUAGAGCGAGGUUGUGAUUAUACUGCGCCACCUGAACCCACGGCAUCGGCUGAAAAUGUUGCCACGAAUGCAUCGGAAUGGGCAUCCUGCGAGCGUUUGAUGCAAAUUAGACGCAUUGAUGAUUUGAGAUUGCGACCGCUGCAUACGGGCUAUGUAAUCUCAGAUACACCUGAAGAGUUACCAGAGCAUAGUGAUGAGCCGGGUAGUUUGCGUAACAGUAUGGAUGCUCCAUUCGAUGACGGACCAUUCAAUGGCGGUGAUGAUGGUGGUGGAGGUGCUGGUGAAUAUAUGUCCAUGGCGUUCGAUCUGAAUGCAGAAUGUGAACCACUGCCAGCGUUAAACGAUCAACCCGCUAUGCUUGAUGUAGAUUACAAUGACUUCGAAGAGCUGACUACCGAGGAACGCAGUGCUAUCAACAACUGCCGCGGCUUACGUAAAGCGCCUGUGCUGCUAGAAGAUCUACGUCCAGUAGAUGCUAGCUCAAAGUUAGAAUAUUCCUAUCGGCCGUUGGAUAAAAUAUCACAAUUUUGGGCUGGCCCAUCUCAUUGGAAAUUCAAGCGCGCUCGACCGCGCUCAUCAACACAUGCAACGCUGCAGGGCGUAAAUAAUCAACGCGCGACUACACGUCGUGGUCAAGCGCUUAGCAAGAAACGAUCAAAGCAAUUGCAAUUCGAAAAGGAAUUCGAUGAUAUUUUCGUCAAAUUAGAUAAAUUCAAAGAGCGUAAAGCAAACUUUCAAAAGAAAUGGGAUCAACGGAAGCUCAAAUUACCAACUGAUUUGCAAUUAGAUACGGAAAUGUUUAAUAAAUUCAAAUGUGCGCCGAGUGCUCUAGUGCAACCGGAUGUCGAUGACAUCGAAUCGCAAAUGUUGGAUGGUGGUGAUGGUAUUCACGGUAAUGAUGGUGAUAUAGCAGAUGAUCACUUUGCUGAUCAUGAUGGCGGUGUGUGUGGUGAUGUUGGUGGUGGUGGUGGUGGUGAUGCUGAUGGCUUAGCUAUCAUAGGCGAGAAUGCUAGUUUUGGUGGGGAGGACUUUGCGAAUGUGUCGUCAGCGGGGUUAGGUGAUGGCGGCGAUGGUGGUGGAGGUGGUGCAGCGGACCUAUCACAGCAGGGUGAUGGUGGUGAAGGCGCAAACGAUACGGUGUUAGAGAUAGCUACAAGUUUCGAUGGUGCGCCGAGUAAGGUUACAAAAAUCAUAGUGCCCUUCGCGAAACGUGCGAAAGUAAUUGAUAUGAAAAACUUGAAACGUUGUUGUACGCAAUUAAUAAAUAAACAAAUGAAAGCACCAACGCCGCCAACGGAAAUACCAGAACAUCCGAUUAUACGCGAGGAGCAUUAUGUACCGGGCAUGGCCAGUUUUAAGGAUGUAUAUGAACAUUUGCCCGAUAUAUUGUCGCAUAACAUGUCUGAAUCGCUCUCACCCUCAAUCGCUUUCUACUCAGUCUUGCAUUUAGCGAAUGACUUCAAUUUACGCCUGAUUCCACAACAAGAUUUAGAAGAUUUCAAAAUAAGACAAUUAACGGAUUGAUCACUAAACUGUUAUGAUAAUUGCUGUUUUAGCUGACUAUUAUGUUUAUAAAGGGCGUUAGAUGAUAAAGAUGACGGCGAUGACAAAUUAAUAGUGCAACUUAUGACCAGUGUGUUUGUGUGUGUGCGUUAUAAAGCAAUCGGACCUCCCAAUUUUUCAAGAAAAAAAAUCAUAAUAAUAAAAAUAUACAUACAACAUUAUUAUUUUUUUUUACAUUUGUAAUAAAAACCUCGUAAAUCAACUAGGAAUUAUGAGAUGUAUUUGUACGAAGUUAACUGCGACAACAACAAAACCAAUCAAUCAAUUUAGUAUUUAAGUAACCAUCAAUCUAAACAUUCAUUCAAUUCAUUUCUUAAGUACAUUUUCUGCAAAUAUUUGAAAACAAAUGAAAAAAUUAAAAUUUUGAAUGUAUUUUGCUUUAUUUUAUGUUUGAAAAAAAUAUGUGAAAUCGAAAUGCUUUAGUUGGAGAUACAGAA